AUGUCUCACAGAAAGUACGAAGAACCUCGUCAUGGUUCCUUAGGGUUCUUGCCAAGAAAGAGAGCAGCCAGACAAAGAGGAAGAGUAAAGUCAUUCCCAAAGGAUGUUAAAUCAAAGCCAGUCUCAUUGACUGCUUUCUUGGGUUACAAGGCCGGUAUGACCACUAUUGUUAGAGACUUGGAUCGUCCAGGUUCUAAGAUGCACAAGCGUGAAAUCGUUGAAGCUGCUACUGUUGUCGAUACUCCUCCUUUAGUUGUUGUUGGUGUUGUUGGUUACGUUGAAACUCCAAGAGGUUUGAGAUCUUUGACAACUGUUUGGGCUGAACAUUUGUCCGAAGAGAUCAAGAGAAGAUUCUACAAAAACUGGUACAAGUCUAAAAAGAAGGCAUUUACCAAAUAUUCUGCUAAGUACGCUCAAGAUGGUGCUCAAAUCGAGAGAGAAUUAGCAAGAAUCAAGAAGUAUGCUUCUGUUGUUAGAGUUUUAGCUCACACUCAAGUCAAGAAGACUCCAUUGACCCAAAAGAAAGCACACUUAGCUGAAAUUCAAGUUAAUGGUGGUUCUGUUUCUGAUAAGGUUGACUGGGCUAAAGAGCACUUUGAAAAGACCGUUUCUGUUGACUCUGUCUUCGAACAAAACGAAAUGAUCGAUGUAAUUGCUGUUACUACUGGUCACGGUUUCGAGGGUGUUACUCACAGAUGGGGUACCAAGAAGUUACCAAGAAAGACUCACAGAGGUUUAAGAAAGGUUGCUUGUAUUGGUGCUUGGCAUCCAGCCAAUGUCCAAUGGACUGUACCAAGAGCUGGUCAAAACGGUUAUCACCACAGAACAUCUAUCAACCACAAGGUUUACAGAGUUGGUUCUGGUUCUGACGAGUCUAGUGGUGCUACCGAGUUCGAUAGAACGAAGAAAACCAUCAACCCUAUGGGUGGUUUCGUUAGAUACGGUAUUGUUAACAACGAUUUCGUUUUAUUGAAGGGAUCUAUCCCAGGUACUAAGAAGAGAGUUGUUACCUUGAGAAAAUCUUUGUACGUUGACACUUCUAGAAAAGCUUUAGAAAAGGUCAACUUGAAAUGGAUCGAUACUGCUUCUAAAUUCGGUAAGGGUAGAUUCCAAACCCCUGCUGAGAAGCAUGCUUUCUUAGGUACUUUGAAGAAGGACUUGGAAAAUUAA